AUGGGAGAUCCUGGCUUCAUCCCUGAAAUGAUUGGUUACGCCAUUCACUCGGCUGCAAGUCGGGUUAUUGAAUACAUCAAUGUUGCCAUGGGAUGCAGGAAAGAGUUGGAUGCCCUCAAAGUCCUGCUUCUCAAAAUUCAAUCAAUGAACAUGGAAAUGCAGCAAUAUAGAAAUGCUUUGAACUCUGCUAAAGUGAGCUGUUCCUUGCCCUUCACGGUCAAUAUUUGGAUGAGGGAAUUGAAUGCUCUUCUGGAAGAAGCAUCUGAUUUGGCCCACCACUGCACAAUACGUCCAUCGUGUCAUCUCAUACCUGGUUAUAGAACGAGUAGGAAGAUCAGGCAACUCAUUGAAAUGUUGGAAAAGCAUGUAGCUACCACACCUUUCGUUGCUUUUCUACAUCAACUACAGCAGCAUGUAGCCAAUCAGCGAGCGCUUGAGCAGACUAAACAGAGAAUGGAUUGUAUUAAUCUGCAUGCUACUUUUUCGGCUGCUACUAACGGGAUGUAUAUUGAGGAUGCACUCAUUGUCGGACAAGAUUCUGUUUCAACCAGAAUGAAGCAGCUUAUUCAUUCAGAGCUACAUAAAAAUGUAUCUCGUUUCGGCCUUUUUGGGAAAGGCGGGGCCGGUAAGACUCUACUGCUCAAGCGACUCUUCAACAGUGACCAGGUACAGAGUCUCUUUUGCAAUGGCUUGAUACUUUGGCUUACUGUUUCACAAACUCCAUCUUUCAAUGCUCUCAGAAAUAUUCUUUUCAAACAAAUAGCUAUUAAAGUAAAUGAAAGACUUGACAGUACAGAGGAAGACCAUGUGAAAACUUGGUUAAAUGAAAGCAUGAGAAAAUACAAGUUUGCUCUGUUUUUAGAUGAUGUUUGGGAAACAAGCGCAACAUCAUUGUUAGAGGAGCUAUGUGUUCCUCACUCUUCACUCCACAACUCAAACAUCAUCAUUGCCACUUCCAGAAGUAAGAGCGUGCUCUCACAGCUGGGUAUUCCAACUCCAUCAAUCAUCCAAAUGCACGACUUGACUGAGGAUGACAGCUGGAGAUUGUUUUCUUCCCAUGCUUUUCCACACAGCAAUGGAAGUUUCCCCAAGAGCAUUGAUCAAGAAAUAGCGAGGCGCGUUUGUAAGGAGUGCGGAGGACUUCCAUUAGCCAUCAAAGUAGUCGGACAGGCAAUGGCAGGCUUCUCUCAGUCAACUGAAUGGGAAUCCGCACUCCAGAGGUUGCAGGACGAUGUUACGCACUCGCUUUCAAGCAGAUUGAGAUUAAGCUACGAUGCUUUGGCCAACUUACCAGGCUAUGGCAUUUCCUUGCAGUUGUGCUUCCUCUGCCUCGCUGCUUUCUCAGAAGACGAAGUCAUCCAUGUUGGAAUUGCUAUUAGGUACUGGAUUGGAGAAGGGUUGGUACUCGGGCUGGAUCCUAUCCAAAUUGGGGAGAUAUACGUCAAUUUGUUAGCAGACCGAUGCCUUAUUGAACCAAUCUUGAAGGAUCAGGAUAGAAAGGUGAUCAAUUUCAGGGUGCAUGAUGUAGUGCACCAUUUCUUAGCACACCAAAUUGCUAAAAAGGAAGAAAACUGCUUCUUUCAGGCACACAAAGGUCUAGCAGAGUUUCCCACUGACGACUGUAGGGGACACAUCAGAAUUUCAUUAAGGGACAACAAUUUGACUAAGGUGCCAAAGCAAUUCGGAGCUCCCUAUAUCUGCUCCUUGUUGCUGGCUGGUAAUACUACUUUGAAGGAAAUUCCAAAAGAAGUAAUUGGUAGUAUCACCACUCUCAGGGUCCUGGAUUUGUCACGGACUGCCCUCCAGUCCUUGCCAAAGAACGUGGGAUGUUUGAAGCAUUUAGUUUGCCUCGUAUUAUGCUCUGUGCCAAUCAAGAAACUACCCUACUCUGUCGGUACCCUCAGAAAGCUUCAAAUAUUAGAUCUUUAUCAAUCUGAUAUUACAGAACUUCCAUCCAGCAUUUCUAAGUUGACUUCCCUACAACUUCUGAAUGUUGCUUCUUGUCAAGACCUUCAGUGCAUGCCUUCUGGGAUCUCAAACCUUAGGUCUCUGAAGUACCUGAACAUGGGUGGUUCGCGAAAUAUAGGGUGGAAUAAGUGCACAAGAGGCCGGCUUUCACUUAAUGAUUUGGGCACCCUAAAGCAACUCAAAAGGUUGGGGCUUACAAAUAAUGGUGAAAUAAUUCGAGAAGGAACGCUCGGAACCAUGAAGCAGAUGGAUUCUCUAUAUUUAGAUCUAACAGAUAUAGAAAAGCUACCCAGUGACAUCGCUGCCAUGUCAAAAUUGAGGACACUCUGGUUAGUAUGUCCUCACUUACUCCAAAUAGAAGAUUCAUUUUGUAGAUUUCAAAAUCUGGGCUACAUUUGUUUGUGCAACUGUGGCACGUUGAAACAACUACCUGCGUUUCACAAACUUACAAAUCUAAAGCACCUACAGAUUGUUGCCUGUCACAACAUAGAGAAGUUGCCGGAUGAAUUUGGCAAGGAAGGAGCAUAUCCAAAGCUAGAGGUAUUUUCAGUGGUGGAGGUGCAGAAGAUAGAACAGCUGCCAAUAGUGAAACAGGGAGCACUGCCUUCACUCAAAAUAUUAACAAUAAUGAAGUGUGAAGCAUUGCAGAGGAUACCCGAGUGCUAUUGGAAUUUGAAGAGUGUUGAGAAGAUAAGAGUGUAUGGUUGCUCAAAUGUUCAAAUUGCGAUGGCAGAGGAGGAAAACUUUAUCAAGACAAAGAGUAGGGUGCAAACAUUAACAUUAUCUACCACAGAAGCUGAGACAUUGGAAAAGCAGUACAAUGAUAUCCUUCGUCGGGGUGAACACAUUUAUUACGGUGAAUUUUGGUGCAGUGAGAUAUUUCAGUUAUUGGAUGAAACUAACCGAUAUUGGUCUCUAUAUGAUUUGUGUCCAAAUAAAGGUAUAUAA